AUGACGACAGAAAUAAAAGUGAAACAGUGUUUAAAAAAAUUUGGUUUCGAAAAAUUUCGAUCUGAUAUACAAGAAAAAGCCAUUCUAUCAAUUAUUAAUGGAAAAAGUGAUGUUUUUAUCUCGUUUCCGACUGGUGCUGGAAAAUCAUUAUGUUAUCAAUUUCCUGCUGUAUACAAAGAAGAUGGUCUUUCACUUGUAAUAUCUCCAUUACUUGCUCUUAUUCAAGAUCAAGUUAAAGCAUUAAAUGAUAAACAUAUUGUUGCACGUACACUUAAUUCAACAUUAAGUCAACAAGAAAAAAAAAUUGUACUUGGAGAUUUAAUGCAACGACAACCAACAACUCGACUAUUGUAUAUAACACCAGAACUUGCAGCUACGCAAAGUUUUCUUUCGAUUAUAAAAAAAGUUCAUCAACGUGAAUUGAUUAAUUAUCUUAUUAUUGAUGAAGCUCAUUGUGUUAGUCAAUGGGGUCAUGAUUAUCGACCUGAUUAUUUAAAAUUAGGUACAUUACAUGAUGAAUUAAAUAAUGUUCCAUGUAUUGCUUUAACUGCUACAGCAUCUCAACAAGUGAUAGAUGAUAUUUAUAGUUCAUUACAUUUAAAACAACCAAUACUUGAAUUUAAAUCAUCUGUAAUUCGUCCAAAUCUUUUUUAUGAUGUUCAAUUCAAAGAAUUACUUGAUGAUCCUUUUAUACAUAAACUAAGUGGAAUAAUUUAUUGUCGUACACGUGAUACAUGUUCGGAUUUAGCUGAUAAAUUAACUCAAACAGGACAAUUUGGUUCAGUUAAAGCAUAUCAUGCUGGUUUUACAAAUGAAAAACGAACACAAAUUCAAAAUGAAUGGAUGAAUGGUAUAACAAGUAUUAUUUGUGCUACUAUUAGUUUUGGAAUGGGAAUUGAUAAAGCGGAUGUGAGAUUUGUUGUGCAUUGGGAUUUAUCAAAAUCUAUAUCUGGUUAUUAUCAAGAAUCUGGUCGAGCUGGACGUGAUGGAAAACGAUCGAAUUGUCGAAUGUAUCAUUCAGCACGUGAACGUGAUACACAAUUAUUUCUUAUUAAUCAAGAAAUAAACGAUAAAAGAAUUUCUGAUGAACAAAAAACAUCAAUGCUGAAUGGGUUUAAUGCUCUUGUUCAAUAUUGUGAAGAAGCCAAAUGUCGACAUUUGGUUAUUUGUAAUUAUUUUGGUGAUAUGUUAAUAAAACCAUGCGAAACUAUGUGUGAUGUAUGUACACAACGUGAACUUGUUGCAACUAGUUUACAAAAUUUGAAAAAAAAGAAAAUCGAUGAAACAAAUAAUCGACGUUCAACAAAUCGUAUUAUGCAUCGAAAUGAAGGUAGCGAAGAACAGUAUGAAGGUGGUCGGGCGGCUAAUCGACGUGAUGAACGUGAAUAUCGUAAUACGGAUGAUGAUUUUCGACGAGAUGAUCUAGUUGAAACAGCUAAAAUAGCUACAAAACUUGUACAUGAUGAACUUAAACGACGUGCAGCGGCAAUGGAAAAUAAACCAAAAAUUUGGACAGCUGUAAGUGCUAAUUGUCCUUUAAUUGAUCCAAGUAAUCGUAAAAUUCCAAAUGUAACUAUUCAACUUCGUGAACAUGUUUGUCGAAAAUUACAAGAAGCAUUAAUUGAAAAUAUUGAAAAACAUUUUUCACAUGAUGAAACACAACGACUCACAAAUGAAACAACAUGUCUUGAUAAAGCUGUAUGGCUUGAACAUCAAGUAUUUGAAGCAACAAAAAGUGAACCGAUGUAUAAAAUGAAAUAUAUGUCGAAAUGUAAUGAAAUUACAAAAGCUACUAAAAAUAAUGCUAGUUUGUAUAUAAUUGAUACUAUGCCAGUAAAUUCUACCAACGAAUUGUUAUUAUCUCCGCCAACAUCUUCAAAACGUAAACUAUCUGAAACUGAAACUAUUGAACCCGAAAGAAAGAUUCUCAAAGAAAACGGACAUACAGAUCACGAACAACAACAACAACCACCACUACUACACGAGGAAAAAUCUAAUCAACCAUCAUUAUCACCAAUAAAUACAGAAAAUAAAUCACCGCAUCAAAAACGUUCAUCAUCAGCUUCAUCAACUUCUUCAUCUUCAUCUUCAUCAUCUUCUUCUUCAUCAUCCUCAUCAUCUUCAUCAAGUUCAUCAAGUAGUUCAUCAUCAAAUAAAAUAUCUUCACCAAAACAACUAAGAACUAAUAAUAAUAAUAAAUUACCUCAACCUCCAACAAUAAAACAGUCAAAUGGUGGAACAAAAAAACUUCAUCAUUCAUUAACAAAUACAAAAUCUCAAUCACCAAAUCAUCGUCAUCGUCGAAAUUCUUUACCUGUACCAUCGAAUUCAUCCGAUGUCAAAGCUAAACAAGCUCGUGGUACAUUAAAAACUUGUUUAGAAUCAAUGUCGAAUUUUUUACAUCAAAAAUUAAAUGAACAAUCAUCUGCUCAUUUAACAAGUCAAUCACCCAAUGAAGAACCAAUGAUAUUACAAGGUUCAUCAUCAUCACCCUCAUUCCUCAAUGAUCAAGAACAACAAGUAUUAAAUACGAAUCGUCAACGUAAAACAAGUUUAGAUGAACGUAUUCGUUCAUUAUUAAAUAAUAAUCCUAAUCAAGAUAAAACACCUACUGAUGAAAUCAAAGAAGUAUCAACUACUAAGAUGCGUAAAUCAUUACCAUUACCACCUGGAACAUUUGAUUCUAAUAAAGAGCAUAAACAUUCAUCAUCAAAAAAACGUAGUCAUUCUUUAGGUAAAGUAAAAUCAACAAGUAAAAAACAAUCGACAUCAUCGUCAUCAUCGAAUCAUAAACGAUUAUCAUCUACUACUGCUUCAAGUAGUAAUCGAAAAUCAUCAUCAUCAUCAUCAUCGAAAAAAAGUCGAGAUAGCAAACUUCCUGUGAAUAUUAAAACAAUAUCAGAAGUUGUUGUUGAUGUACUCAAUCCAUUCUAUCAAGCAAAUAGAUUUUCAUCUAAAGAAUUAUUUAAAACACUAGCAAAACGUAUUUCACAACAUUUAGCAACUAAAGAAUUUUCAAAUAUUGAUGCAGUACGUAUGGAUGCGAAAUCAUUAAUUAAACCAGCAUUUCGUCAUAAGCAUUCAAAAAUCUUAACACAUGCAGAUUUAGAUCGAAUUGUACCAAGUUAA